UGUCCACGCUUCCAGUUCGGAUUAGCCCAGCUGAUGAGCAGGGUGUCGCGCUGUGGGAUCUCGAUUGUGAUAGGUGUGAUUAUGUUGGUGUGAGUGCAUAACCUACGAAACCUGUAGUAAUAAGUCAACACAUUCAAAAUGGUCCUUGAAUUUUUGUCUAAGCGAUACUGGAAGCAGCUGAUCGCCAUCAAUGCCGUUCACAUAAUAACGAUUGGAUAUGGCGUUACGGUAGGAUGGACAGGACCAAUUAUCCCGCUGCUUCAGUCUGCCGACACACCGCUCCCAGGGGGACCAAUUACCGUGGAGCAAGUGUCCUGGGUUGGAUCAUUCUUCUCCAUCGGUGGCAUGUCGGGGACAAUUCUCUACGCCCUGAUUCACACCUACUUCGGCAAAAAGACAGGGCUGCUGAUGCUGGCGGUCCCUCACCUUAUCCUCUGGAACCUGCUGUGGAUGGGAGACAGCGUGUACUACAUCUACGCAGCAAGGUUUUUAGGCGGCCUCACCGGCGGGGGCAUAUUCGCCAUGGUGCCGCUGUAUGUUGCAGAUAUCGCCGAUAGAACGAUUCGAGGGUCGCUCGGUUCGUUAACGAUGCUGCACAUAAACUUUGGUCUGUUGGCAUCGUACACCGCUGGAAAUUACCUUCCGUACUACCUCAUACCGAAAAUCAUGCUUUGCUUGCCGGUUGCCUUCCUUGCGAUGGUUUGUUUACUGCCGGAAACGCCGUACUGUUUGCUGCAGAAAGGAAAGAUCGUUGAAGCGGAAAAAUCACUCAUGUUCUAUCGCAACAUACCGGACGUGACGCGUAAAACACUGGCCUUCGAGUACGAGUUCGAGAGUCUCAAAUCAUUUGCACAGUCCGAAGCCAACAAGGAGAAGCUAUCGCUGGCAGAUUUUACAACCCCCGCUGCCAUCAAGGGACUUUUCAUUUCAAUUUUUAUGAUGGCUUUGAACCAAUUCUGUGGCAUCUUUGCUAUACUCACUUACGCCGGAAGUAUUUUGGAAGAAUGUGGUUCCAGCUUGGACACCAAAUAUGUGUUUAUUUUGAUUGCAUUAAUCAAUAUCUGUGGCAAUGCCACUUCGUUCAUCAUGGUUGAUAUGGCCGGCAGAAAGACGUUCUUGCUGAUUUCAACCACCGGAGUAGGUGUAUCACUCGGCAUACUUGGUCUGCACUCGUACUUCACCUACAAUGAGGAUGGAAUCGUCAGCCAAUCUUGGAUUCCCGUUUUGGCACUACUGGCCAACAUAUACUCGGCCGGAUUAGGCAUCACCACCAUGAUUGGCUUCGUCAUUCCGGAAGUUCUUCCAGCGAAGAUUCGCAGCAUAGGAAGCACCAUAAGCGUGGGAUUGCUCUGCUUUUUCGCUUUCCUCAUAUUGAAAGUGUAUCCGAUAUUACUCGAGAGGAUUCACAUCUAUGGGACAGUGUGGAUUUCUUCUGGCGUUUGUGCUGUAUCGAUUCUGAUAAUCGUAUUCAUAAUGCCGGAAACAAAGGGAAAAAACUUGAUUGCUGAGGAGCCACAAGAAAAACCAAGAACAAAUGCUUAUUAGGAUUUACCAACGUUCGAAAAAAAGGGUUGCACUUAACUGCAGCUUUUUGUGUGUCACACUGUUUUGACAGUUUUACAAUAAAUGAAUUGUAAAAUGUAUUCACUAA